AACUAAGUACACCUGCAUUUUAUAAAUGUAAAUUUGCAUAUCAUAAUUGUUCUGGAGACUAUACAUGUAUUUGGUAUAUUAAAUAGAUUGCAUAUUCUCUUUUGACCUAAAAAUUGAUAUUCAGCUGGCUGAAUUUCUUAGCUUUUUAAAAAGCUAACCUUGUAAUAAUUUCCAGUAGGUUGUUUAGUUUUAUUUCACAUUUAUUUGCCAUCAAAGGGAAGAUCAUGCAGACCAGCAAAGAGCAGAUCUUUCAGAGUGACUGCAUACAUUGUCAUGAAAUCAAAACUUUUUAGUGUGCAGUAAGAACUGAGAAUAAUAGCUAUGUCCUUAAAGAGAUAAAAUUUCUAACUAGUCUAUAGUUAUCUAAUGUGAACAUUAUUUUUUAUAGAUAAAAUGGGUCGACAUUCCACCAAUGAAAAAAGGCAGAAAAGAAGGGAAAAAAGACGUAAUAAAAGACUGGAAAAGGCAAGGAAAGAAACUAGCAAACCAGAAAAGUUUGAAACUGUCUCUCCUAUGAACUUGGACAUCGUAGAUGACACCUUUGAUACCACAGAAAAGGAGAUUGAACUGGAAAUCAAAGAAAGGGGAAUCAGAAUUGACGAUACAUUUGUGGCAAAAAGAAACAGAACAGCUCAAGAACUGUUUGGAGCAGAGGACAGAGAAGUGGUUAAACUUAAGAAGAUCCUAGAGGAUGAGCAACACAAAAGAGACAAAUUGUUAAGAUUUACUGAUCAUUGUAUUUUUUUAGUCAAAAAAUGUAGAAACUGUAAAUUUUGCAGGCCAUAGUGUAUCCAUGGAUGUUUCAAUUAUUUUUACUAUGAACUCUGUAUUCUUUAAGUGUUGAUAGCUAUCAAAAAUGUCAGAGAAACGUAAACUCUCAUUUUUUCACAUUGCUCAUAGAAAGAAAUUGUCUAGAAAGGAAUGUCCUGGCUGUAAACAAUCUUUUUCUAUUAGGUAUUUUGAACAGCACACAAAAGAAAAUUUUGAGAGUAGUACUAGACUUUGGAAGUGUUCGAAAACAGAUUUUGAAAAUGAACCAGAUGUACAAAUGUGUGAGCAUAUAGAUAACCAAUCUUCGUCAGAUGAUAAUCUUGCAUCAUAUAGAUUAUCUGAUGUUUUUGCUUCUUAUGUUAAGAAAAAUGUUUCACAAGAUUUUCAUGACAAUGAUAUGGACAGUGAUGAGGAAGUUUGGAAUAACAUAUCCAUCGAUGAUAUAGAUUUAGACUUGCAGACAGGUGAUACUACAGAUAACAAUACGCAUGUGGAGAAUGUUCCAAAUAAGAAUGUAAAGUUAGGAACACUUUUGAUAUGGUUUUGUAUGUUUUUGUGUACAUGGCAAGCUGUAUCUGCACUUCCCGAUUCUGCUAUGAAUCAUUUGUUAUCAUUUUUGUGGACAUUUUUUAGUCAGCUGGGUGAAGAAUCUGUCAUUUUUUCAAGUUUUGCUGCAGUUUUUCCUGGAUCAGUCUAUUUGUUAUGGAAAAAGUUAGGUCUUAAAAAAGACAAUUUUUUAAAAUUUGUUGUAUGCAGAAAAUGUUUUUCUAUAUACAAAUAUGAGGAAUGCUUUUUGAAUGUUGAAGGGCAAACUAUUUCUGGUAAAUGUUCUUACAAGGAAUUUCCAAACCAUACGCAACUUGCGAGAAGAAAACAAUGUGGAGAAUUGUUGCUAAAGCAUGUUACACUGUCAGAUGGUACUACAAAACUUUAUCCAUUUAAAUCUUAUUGCUAUAAGCCAUUACAACAAUCUCUUCAAAAUUUGGUCAGGAGGCCUGGAUUUGAAGAUAAAUGUGAAAUAUGGAGAUCAAGAAAACAACAGCCAGGAUUCAUGACUGAUGUGUAUGAUGGGAAAAUUUGGAAGGAAUUUAUGACAACCGAAAAAAGUUCUUUUUUAAAUCAUAGAAAUAACUAUGCACUAAUGUUAAACUUAGAUUGGUUCCAGCCAUUUGAGCAUGUGAAAUACUCUAUUGGAGUAAUUUAUGCUGUUAUUUUAAAUCUACCAAGACAAGAAAGAUUCAAAUUAAAGAAUGUGCUGUUGAUAGGAGUAAUACCAGAUCUCAAUCAUGAACCUUCUGUAAAUAGUUUCAUUUCUCCAUUAGUAGAUGAACUAAAGUUAGGUUGGUCAAAAGGAUUUCAACUUUUGUCAUCCAAAAGUCCUAAUGUUAAAAAAACAUUCAAAAUAGCACUUCUCUGUGUUGGUUGUGAUAUACCAGCAACUCGAAAACUUUGUGGAUUUUUAGGUCACUCAGCAUGUUUAGGGUGCUCAAAAUGUUCUAAAAAAUUUCCUGGAGAUUUUGGCAAGAGAGAUUACUCUGGUUUUGAUGUAAAUAGUUGGCCAAAACGCACAUUAGAAAAUUACAUGUCUUCAAUCAGAGAACUGAAAAAGGCUAAAACUCAGACAGAAAGAGAUAGACUUGAAUCUUCUUUGGGGGUUAGAUUUUCGAAACUAUGUGAAAUUGAUUAUUUUGAUCCUGUUCGAAUGUCUAUUGUCGAUCCGAUGCAUAAUUUAUUUCAAGGAACUGCCAAAAAAAUGAUGAAAUUGUGGCUAGGAUUAAAAGUUAUACACCCAGAACAGCUAGUCACAAUUCAAGAAAGAGUUGACUCUGUUGAUGCAGCAAGUAAUAUUGGGGCAAUUCCUCGGAAAAUUGCAUCUUCCUUCGGAGGCUUUACAGCUGAACAAUGGAAGAAUUGGACAAAUUUUUUUUCAAUUUUUGCUCUUGUUGAUAUUUUGCCUAAAACUGAUCUUGAUGUUUGGAGAAAAUUUGUAAUGGCAUGUAGAAUCUUGACAACAAAAUGUAUUUCUUUUGCUGACAUUUCACAAUUUGAUAGAUAUAUCAUUGAUUUUUGUAAAGGCAUUGAGAGGUUAUAUGGCUCUUCAGUUGUGACACCCAAUAUGCACAUGCAUUGUCACCUAUCACAAUGUGUUUCAGAUUAUGGCCCUAUUUACUCUUUUUGGCUGUUUAGUUUUGAGAGAUAUAACGGUCAUUUAGGGAAUAUGCCAAAUAAUAGUAGAGCCAUUGAAAUGCAACUAAUGAGAAGAUUUUUAAGAGAUUCAUUUGUUCAUUCAUUGGAAUUUCCAUCUCUUUACAAUGAUGAGUUUAAAAAACAUUUUCCAACUGUAGUAUCUGAAACAGUUCAUUCUGAUGUAGAAAUUUUAAAGAUCAUGUACAUGUCAAAGAGAAGUGCUCUCAUAAUUGGACAAGAUUGGCAAAUUAGCUCUGUAUUUGAAUGUAACAAGUCAUCAUGCCAUGUUUUUUGUUCAGAAGAUUAUGCUAUGCUGAAAAAAACAUAUUGUCAUUUGUAUCCCAGUGAUAAUGAACACAUUGAUUGUAUGCCCAAGUCUUUUAGAAAAUGUUCUUCAAUUACUUUUGGGGGAGAAGUGUUUGGAUCCUAUAAGUCUCGUCACAAGCGCUCCUCUUAUAUUAUGGCAUACUGGCAUGAUAAUGAUGGGAAAAUUAUCAGUGACGUAGGCUCAGGUGACCUUCAACCAGGAAUCAUUCAGUAUUUUGUUCAACACAAUCUCCUAAUGGGCAAUGAAAGUAGAGUCCAUUUGUUUGCAAAAGUUUUCUGGCUUAUGCCAUUUCCAAAUGUUUACAGAUUUCAUUGUGGCAAGCCAGUUGAGAUUUGGAAAAAAAAUAUUUACGACACCUUUGGACCGUCUGCUUUUAUUCCUGUACAGAGAAUCUUUUGUAGAUAUAUUUGUGCAGAAGGAAAACUGUACAACAAGAGCGUUUCAUAUAUUUGUCCUAUUAUGAAGGGUAUGAAUGUGUAG